CAUCUGCUGCUGCACAGUUUGUGUUGGUCAUCCUCUAGUCCAUUAUACAUUGUAUUGUUCAGUAUUAUUAAAGGGUGUAUUUAAUUUGUUUUCUGCUCUCAGUCUCAUGUUGGAAGUGAGAAAACCCCUGACCUCACGAAGCGAAACAAGAGGACAAGACAAUUAAACUCACUCCCACUCACAAUCACAGUCACUCACACUCAGCCUGGCAGAGCUACACCGAGAAGAGCUCCUGUCCAUCCAUCUCACACUGACCGGGGUGAGUCGCUGGACUUCGGACGCUGAGGGUUCAGGAGGAGCUGUGAUUGGACUCGCUCUUCUUCACAUUGAUCCUGUGCUCUGGUGUUGAUUUGGUCGGUCUGCUCGGAACGUUUUUCUACUUUCACUUGCGAUACCGGAAAACAAGUCCUUCCUCGGGAACUGAGAGUACAAUGUGAAGUAGGCAUUGCGACUCCUGGUUCUGUAAAGAAAUCUGAGUCGGCAAGUUUCUCUGCAAUAAACAGUUUCGCAUCAGACCACGGUGAUUGACUUAGUUUGCAUCUUAAUGGUUGAAUAAUGCUGAAAUUUUGAAAAAGUGGGUGGAAUUCCCCUGUAGUAACAGUGAAAGCAUGGCCACAGCACCGAGCUUGGACAUCAUGAAGUCGUCGGACCUGAUCAGAAAGGAGCGGCUGGAUUAUGGAGGCUUUGGGGAAGUUUACCUGUGCUAUCACAUAACCCUGGGCCAGGUGGUGCUGAAGACCGUGUACACGGGACCGCCUCGGAACGAGCAGAAGCAGUCUCUGCUGGAGGAGGGCAGUCUGAUGAGCCGUCUAAACCAUGAACGUGUGGUCAAACUGCUGGGGGUCAUCUUGGAGGAUGGAGAUUACUCUCUAGUGAUGGAGCUCAUCCCUAAGGGAAACCUGCUGGCCAUGCUGGAAAGGGUCCCUGUUCCAAUAUCCAUCAAAGGAAGGAUAAUUCUGGAGAUCCUGGAGGGAAUGGCUUAUCUAACAGACAACCAGAUCAUUCACAAGGAUCUGAAGCCGGAGAACAUCUUAGUUGACGAGCAUUUCCAUAUAAAGAUUGCGGACCUGGGACUGGCCACUCAUCAGACGUGGAGCAAACUGACCAGAGACGAGUUUCGCAGGCAGAGUCGUAAGGGUGUGGGCAGGAAGACGUCGGUGCGCACGGCUGGAACGCUCUGCUACAUGGCUCCAGAGCAUCUGCAGAGCAUUCACACCCGCUCCACCGAAAAGUCCGACGUCUACAGCUUCGCCAUUGUCGUCUGGGUCGUCCUGACCGGUCAAGAGCCGUAUGAGAAUGCCAGAAGUGAAGACCAGAUCUGUCAGUGUGUGCGUCAGGGAGACCGCCCCGACGAGAGCCUUAUCCCUGAUGAUGCACCUCCAGAGAUCAUCAGCCUUAUGAAAGCGUGCUGGGACCAAGACCCUCAAAAAAGACCCCUAUUUAAAGAAAGCUAUGAGUCUUUUUUGCCGUUCUACAAGAAAAAGCUUGAAGCAGACGUCGAGAGGGAUUUGCAUGGCCUCAUGGAUUUAUAUGAAGGCCCCUCAGAGCUGGUAGAGAAGAUGAAGUCCCUGUCAAUGGAGCCGGCAGUUGCUAACGCAGGACCGGAGCUCUCGUCCUAUCAGUCCCCCUGCGCAGACUCACCAACCCCUCUCCGAAGUUCGGAUCUUGGUCCGGUGGAGGCCAGUAUUGAGGACCUCAGCUUCCUGCCCUCGGAGAGCCUACAAAUGGACGCAGCUCCAUUCAGCCCUGCCAACUUGGAGCAGAAACUAGCCCAGGAGCUCAACUACCACAAGCGGGGCAGUUAUAGCCGCGUAGAGCCACCUGACCUCAGCCCAUACAGCUACACCCCUCCCAGUCCAGCCUCUCAGCCCAUGGCCAAUAACAGGUGGUGUGGAGACCUUCCCCAGCAAGUGUCCUCCGUCCAGUCGUGGACCAAACCAAGCCCUUGCCCGAGCGCUCCAGAGGACCCGCGGUGGCAGUCCCCAGGGUUGGAUCAUGUUGACGGUCAGGCCAGGCCAGAUUAUGAGAGUCAGAUGUCUGGGCCCUAUCUGCAGCACUACAAGCAUCAGCAGCCGCAGUACAACCGCUUGCAGUCAUGGCCAGGGGGGACACAUCACCCGAUGUCAGAAUCGACCCCUCUGGAAUCAGGUGCUGGGUUAGUCAGCACACCUGUGAUGUGCCCACAGCCAGAAACAGUCCCAUCACUGUACAUCACUCAAGCCAGUGGAAUCCAAAUUGGGAACAACAACACGAUGACUUUUCGUAGUUCUGAAAGCAACUCUCUCAGCUCUGUGUCCAGUUCAUCGGCCUGCAACAAGUAUAAAGAGCUGCUGCUGAAGUAUGACGACCACACUGUUACUGAGGACCAUCUGGAGCUGGUUCGGGAGAACAUGGGUGGGAAGUGGAAGGCCUGUGCCAGGAAGCUGGGCCUGACGGAGGUGGAAAUGGACGCGAUCGAGCACGAUUACGCCCGCGACGGCCUAGCUGAGAAGGUCCAUCAGAUGCUGGAGCGCUGGAAGAUGAAGGAGGGCCUUCACGGCUGCACGGUGGGAAAGCUGUGCCGAGCUCUGGAGAAAUGCGUCAAAGGCGAUGUGCUCCUCAGGUUACUGCUCAAAUCACAAGACAGCACAGUUCCUUAAAACUCUUCUGGGGAUGCUAUUAUGGUGAAGGUCUGGUGGUCAUUAAAAGUUAGUUUGUUUAAAAAAUGUGCAUCCGUAUUCUUGUACAAUAGUACUGGACAGUCAUCAGCAUCUAAUCAAACAUAAUCAGAUUGUCAGUGGUGUAGCACAGUGUGUUUAGCUGACAGUCAACAUUCAGUAGAACUUCACGUUCAGGUUUUUGGUUGCAUGGGUAUGAGAACAUUAAAUGGAAGCAAGAGUUUGCCUUGACCCUCUCAGAUUGGUGGGUGCUGUAUGAUUGGACAGAUAUUCAGUCUGUUUGAGUGGGGAUAAUUCCAGGAACACACACAUCUACACACACACACACACACGUAUAUAUGUGUGUGUGUGUGUGUGUGUGUGUGUGUGUGUGUGUGUGUGUGUAUUUCUGCUGUCGAAGCAAAACGCUGUAUCUCCAAAAUGGAAACUUUACAGGAGGAGGACAAAAACAUACUUUAUUUAUUAAUUUUGGUUCUUUUGGUCCAUUCAUCAUAAUGUUUACACACAACAUAUAGAACAAUGAGCAUUUUUUAAAUCAUGUCAAAAACCGAGAAGCAACUAGAGAUAUGUUUUGUUUCAACAGCGCACACACACAUACACACGCACACUCUGCACUCUAGCUCCUUUAAAGUGAUUGUUGGCCUCUCUGUGGCUUCCUUCCCAUCUCCUUCUUGCUCUGACACUGUGUUUUAAUGGACGGAUAUUAUUUUUUUAGCCUGUUUCCCUUCUUAUGCAUGUUUCCCUUCAUGUGCACUUUAACUUUAAUUUCAUUAGAAUGCCGUUUGCUCUUAAUUUUCACAGCUUUCCUUCAGAUUCACAGUCUGACCCAUGGUACUUGAAUUAAGGGGGUCUUUUAUCCAAAAGGCCAAUUUUAAGCCAAUCAUGUCCUCUUCAGUAUCUUUCGUUUGCGUGAACUUGGAGCUUCCACAGCACAUGGUUUGAAUACUUGUCAACUCUAGGAACAAUAAUUAGGUGGGGCCUGCCUCAUUAAGAUCAACACUGCCAUUUCUACCUACCCAGGUUUCUGUAAGAAAAAUAUAUCGAGUUGAUGAUGUUCAAUUAACUGUCCAACUAUAAAGGCCUUAUUGCUAAGUGAACGCUGAGUACAGCAGCAUAUAAAACAAUAAGUGAUGUUUUCUGUUCACAAUGCUGGAGUUUUUGCUGGACACCGCAACUAAAUUGGAAGUAUUAGAGCCUUUUUUCGUUUUCUUUAUCCUUGCCACCGGCUACUACACAGCGCAGGGAUAUUAUGGUGAAAUGUAUCACAGUUUUCAGAACAUCAGGACUGUUCCCUCUCUCUGACUGCAGGGGAGGGGUUCCCUCUUCUCCGUUGAUCUGGGGUGAACAUGAAUUGACAGCUGGGUGCUCCUUGUUAGCUGGUUCCGGUGGUGAUGAAGGACGUGGAUGGCACUGCCACUGUGGUAAUUCCAACCAUUUAAAUGGCCAAAGUGUUCUGUUGGACAGCUCGGGUGGGCGAACACGGGGGGGGGGCAGGGUUUUCUGGGAUUUGGUGCCCGGCGCUUUUCCGAGCCACCUGUGAGCUGGCAGCAGUCGACUGAGAGAGCAAAAAGUCCUUCAUUUUCUCUGAGAAUCCCAACAAAAGAGACAAUGGAGUGGAGAUGGAGUGAUGAGGACCAGUCUGGUGUUGCUGGGGGCUCAAGGUUGUCAUCCUGGGGCUGCAGUAGCACGUCCUUGAAGGAUGACUGAACAUGCAGCUGUAGGACUGCCUCCUCACCAUUAUCUUCCUGGUUUCCUGGUAGAUGAGGUGUUUUACGUCGAUCAUGUCCUUGUGCUGACCAUGUUUUGGCUGUGAUGAGCCAUAUGUGAUGAGCGCCAGUAGAUGGCAAAGAUAAGUAAUGACCUCUUUCAUUCCUUAUUAUGACCAGAUGUGUCAUUUAGCACCAAACUGCCAUGCAGAAUGUAAUGGGUUCAUUUUAGUUUUUAGUAAAUCAUGUUUGUACAGCAUUUUUAUUCAUGUCAAAUCAGUGGAUUCUCUGAUUGUACCUUUUAGUCACCUUAUUUUUUUAUUUUUAAUAGCACAGAAUCGCUUUUGGGAAAAUCAUGUUUUUUAUAUUCAUCUCAGUUUCUUUCUUAAUUCUGAAAGAUAUUAAAAAUGUGAAAAUAAAAUACAAGGAUGUUUUUUUUUUUUUAAUUUGCGCAUGCUGUAAUAAGGACAUACUAUGAAGUUUUAUUUUGUCUAUAGUUAUGUAUAUUUUUAGAAGAACUAAAUCAAGGGAGAAAAGUCUGAAAGAGUGCAGAAAAUGGCUAAUAUUACAGAGCCCGUAUCCUACAUCUUUGUUGCAUUUAAAACUUCCCCUCCUGGUUCACUUACAAAGUUUGUGCAAUAAUAUCUACCAAAAACAUUUGUAACGUAUUUUUCAUGACCAUUUUCCAACCUCCAUUUAUCUCUUAGUAUUAAACAGGCUGUUUUUGUUACUGUGCCUUUAAGACUGUUAUAUGUAAAUGAGCUUCGUUCUGAUAUGCUGCCCUUUAUUGUGCCUCACUCAAAAAGCAGUCCGGGCUGAAACACUCCUUAGAACUUCACUGUGAGUGGGCGGGGCUAAACUGCUGUAGGCUGAAUAGGUAGAUAGAAGUAAAUGUGUUGGCUUUGGUGACAUCACAAAAACGGUCAUUUCAGAAUGUGCAGCUUAGUUUCCAAAUAUGAACUAUAUGGACUAAGUGAAUGGGGUGAAACUUUAACUGUGUUUACAUACUACAUCAAACUAUUAUUUAAAAAAGACAAGGUAAAUGUGGUUUUCCAUGAUAUGGGCCCUUCAAUACAUAAAUACAUACAUACAUAAAUCAGUACAUCAAUAAAUAAAUACUUGAAAGCUAAAAAUGUUCAAAUAGUUUUUUGUCUGUUUUAUCUUUGUUUAACUUGCAGGUAAAAGACCAACCUGUAUUUUAAAACUUCACUGUACUUUUAAGUUAACCAUUAUCACACUGAUAUUGUCUUCUGAGUUUUUAUAUGUAAUGUUGAUGAUGGUAAAAAAGUGAUAAAGUAGAAAAAAAAAAUAUUUGGGGAUUAUUUUGCCUCACAAAGCCCCGCAUGUGCCUCUCCACCAGGAAUGGGUUUUAAAAAAUACAUUUUCGGCCAAACACUUCUCUCUAAAUGAUCAUAAAACAAUAUCUCAGGCAUCAGGCAGUGUGUUCAUAAUCAUUUUGUGUAGUAACUUACUGUGUUGUAGCUUUAGCAGCAUUAAACUCUUUAGAUGUCUGGUUCCUAUCACCACCACUGAUAACAAUUCUGAUCAGUAUGCUCCAAAAUGUGAUGUAUUAGAUAGCAACACACUUUUAACACAAUUUUUGUUUUAUUGCUUCCUGUUUUAAGACGUUUUGUGUUAAAAUAAAAAAUGUUAUC